AACCAACACCGCACAGCCAGCCAAGUCGCACUCGCACACAGCCACAACAAACCAACGCUGGCUUGCCUUCCCCCCGUCCCCUUCCUCGCGUGGAGAGGGUGGGUGGAACUGGAACGUGCUCCGAAGCAGCCAGCAAGCAUCCGUUCCCUUCUCCGGCCCCUUUUAUACCACGCCGCAAGUUCAUAGCAAAGCUUCUCUCCUUUUUUUUCUUCCCCCUCUCUUCCUUCCCGCUUCAAUCUUCUUCCACCUGGAUCGCGCAGGGGGGAGUCAGGGUUGUGCUCUUGUGGAAUGAAAGAUCCGGUCUUUUUAGCUACUUGUGGUCAGUGAGUGGUUUGGUGGUGGUAGUUGGUUUGGCUUGGUUUUCUUGGAGGGUUGCACUUGCACCACCGCGUCUGCGCGUGCGUGCCAGCAAGGGGGAAGGAGCGCCUCGCGGUGGUGUGAUGGACUCCGGCAACAGCGGUAGCCUCCAGUCGUCUAGCGGCGGCGACGACGAGUUCGACUCGCGGGGAGGCGGGGGCGUGGACUCCUCGCCGCUCUCCGCGCUGCUCCGCCCGACGCCGUCUCCCUCGGCGGCCGGGGUGUUCUCUCUGCACGGCUCGCUCUACGGCCUCCAAGACUUCACCUCCGCGCCGCCACAGCAGCAGCAGCAGCAGCAGGCGGCGCCUUGGUCGGCGGCGCAGUUCAUGGCGGGAGGGUCCUCGUCGUCGCCUCGCGUCGAGCAGCCGUCCGAUGCGGGCAUGGGCUCGGGCGCGGGCGCGCACCAGGCUGCCGCCGAUCUGUCCGCGCAGGGCGCGCCGGCCGCGCCGCCGAGGGGGUCGCGGAAGCGGGCGCGCGCGUCGCGGCGGGCGCCCACGACGGUGCUGACCACCGACACCUCCAACUUCCGCGCCAUGGUGCAGGAGUUCACCGGCAUCCCUAACCCGCCCUUCGCCGCCGGGGCCGGCGCCGGGGCGUCUUUCCUCUCCCGCAGCUUUGACCACAUCUUCCCGUCCACCUCCACCCUCCGCUCCGCGGCCGGCGCCGAUCCAGCAGCCUCCUCGCUGCCGCCGUAUCUCCUCCGCCCUUUCGCGCAGAAGCUCCAGACGGCGGCACCUUCGUCUUCCCCUUUCCCGCCCUUCACGUCGCAGCCCUCGUCAGCGCCUCCGUCGUCGUCCAACAUCGGCGUCGCCAAUGCCAAUGCCAAUGCCACGACGGGCAACACAGCCAGCCAGCGGGCCGACGACUUCCAGCUGACGUCCUCCGCGCUCCUGCGGAUGCAGCAGCAGGACCAGAGCAGCAGCUACCUCUCCUUCCAGAACCUCCUCGGCUCCACGCAGCCCUCGUCGCAGCAGCACAUGUUCGGCAUGUCGCAUGCCGCGGCACGGCUGCCCGACCCGUCGCCAUCGGAGUUCAUGGCUGGCAUCGGCGGAGGCGGCGGCACCAGCAUCGGGUUCACGCACGGCGGGAUGAUGGUCUCCGAGGCGAUGCACAUGCACCCGAGAAACGAAGUCCACGAGGGCGGAGGCGGCGGCGACGAGCUGUCGGGCGUGGUCCGGGCCGGCUCUUCCGGGUGCAAGCUCAACUACACCUCCCACGCCGGCGCGUCAUCGUCGUCUGCGGCGGCCAGCACCGACAUGCCACCGGACGGCGCCUCCAGACCCAGCCGAGGCGAGGGCCUAGACCCAUGGCUAUGUACAUCCGAGUAGUAAAGAGAAAUUGAGGUGCAUGCUUAUUGCUCGCUGCUCUCUAAUUUGUUCACCAUGAUGCAUUACAAACAUUAAAGGUCUGAUUAACCUUUUAGUAGUAUACCUUCCAUUACUUGUUAAUCGCUUUUUUCUUGCCGU